CCGUUACCGGACUUAACGCAUUUAUUGCAGGGUUCGUAAAAUAUAUAUCUACGCAUACACAUUAACGAUUUUUAAAACUCUGCUGCAAUUGUAAACAGAGUAAUAUUUUAAAAUGUAUACUUGCGCUCUCCAAAGAGAGAUUAUUUCAAAACGCUUGCUGACUAUAAAAGCGAUGCAUUCAGAGUAUGUGAGGUAUUCGAAAGCAAUCAUGGUUAAUACGGGUAGUGAGACUCAUGGCGAAGAUGCCUUAAGCACUCCGGAGUGGAUCAAUGAAGAAUUCUUCAAACGCAUUCUUGAUAAAGACGAAAAUGAAAGUGUAAAGAUAAAUAAAUUGCUGCUCUCAUCCGGCAGUACCAAAACUGAUAACUACGCGAGUGUAUUGUAUCGUGCUAAGAUAAAGUAUGCCUUGUGUUCCCAGCCUAAACAAGAGAAAGUUCGUUCAUUUGUAAUGAAAACCGAGCACUUCGAGGAAGGACUGCGGAAGGAUAAAUUGAGUGAAAUGACACUUUUUGAAACCGAAGUGCGAAUGUAUACGAUUGUGUUGCCGAUGAUUGAAGCGAAGCUGCGAGAGUUUGGCGAUCAGACGGUACUGGCACCGAAGAUAUUCCACAGCAGCUCGGAGAUGCCGCGUAACAUAGUGUUCGAAGAUCUGGUGGCAGAAGGUUAUUCUCUCAUCAAUAACCGUCCCGGUAGUUUGGAGGAAAUCAAGUUAGCUCUAAAGAAAUUAGCUAAAAUACAUGCAAUCAGCUAUCAAAAGACACAGAUGGGAAACAAAGAGUUGACUACAUUCCAAAAGACCUACGUUAAUACGGUUAAUGUAGAUGAUUUUAUUAUCUUAAGAGACGGUGUCAAACUAAUGAAAAAAGUGAUAAGUGAUCAGCCGGAUCUUCAAAAGUAUAUAUCACAUUUCGAGGCGGCAGAAAAAUUUUUAUUUCCCAAGGUUUUGGACUUACUAAACGCGCCUAAAAACGGUAAACAUAGUGCAGUUCAAGUACUGAAUCACGGUGAUUUUCAUAUGAAGAAUUUAAUGGUGAAAUAUGUCGACAAUGAACUGAAAGAAUUAAUGCUGCUCGAUUAUCAAACCUGUAUUUUUGGAUCUAGUGCUAUAGAUUUACAUUAUGCUUUUGCCAUGAUGUACAGCCCUAGUAUGCGAUUAGAGAAAAUGGACGAAUUUCUUUAUAAUUACACAAAGAGUUUUCAAGACACUCUACAUAGUGUGCAGUACCAAGGGCACAUUCCAACUAUUAAAGAGAUAAGGCAGGAGGUGUGCGAUUACCGAUAUUGGGGUCUAUACUUAAUUUGCACUUUGCUUUGCUUUAACUAUGCCUUCGUGGAUGGUUUUGACAUGAGCGAAAUGGUCGAGUCUGAGGCGGCAAGGGUUGCAUUAUUCGCGAAUACGAAGAUUCUGGAUGAGUUGCGUUUACUGCUUCCGCGCCUCAUAUAUUUAGGCUAUUUCGAGGAAUAAUACACUGAAGCAAUGAUAAGAGGAGGUUUUAAUUUCUUAUUUACAAUAUUUAUAUUUCUUAUUGUUUUGGUUUGUUAUUGUAAAUAACCUAAUUGUAAAUACAUUGGUAGAAGGGUGUGCAACUCUG